AUGACAGCAACGCGUACGUUGACAGCUUUGUAUCUGUUUGAACAUCGCAACACAGAGACGCAAGUUCAAGAGCCAUCACAGUCAUCUGUAUGGUCAUCUCAGGUCCAUAUCGGCACUCGAAUUUUAUUCGAUCGUAUUGUCACUCGAUGGAAACCUGGCUAUUUAUUGUCAACUUCUCAAGUUUCAACUUCUGCUCUGCAUGCAAGUUUGACACCUGAAAGUUUACUCUCUGUGCCAGAGGUGUUCACUCAGUCACAGCGUAACAAUCGUUUUAAUGUCAAGAUUGCACAAGCUCAGUAUGAACAGUGUUUCUUGCCUCUUUUAUAUCAUGAAUUGUGGGAAGGAAUCAAACGUGAUACACAGGAAAAUCAGUUAUCCAAGAUUGAUUAUAGUUUUGAAAUUCAAAUUGCUAAAUAUGAACCUCAGACUACGCGACGAGCUACCCAGUUUGAGUCACCUAUCCCAACUACUUUAAUUUUUGGCUCAUAUUCUUUUCAAAUUGAUCUAUCAUUCACACGCUCAUUUCCAAAGCUCGGUUUAUGUGAUAUUGUUCUAAUCAAUAUUGAUCCUAAGCAUGACCAUCUCAAGUUUUUUGGUAUCAUUGUUCAUGUUGUUGACCUUUGGCCAUCACACAUUACCGAUACCUCAUCUGUAGAUCUGAAAGAUUAUGAAAAUACAAAAAACGUUAUUCAAGUUGAAUCUAAAGUUGUCCUGUAUGUUUCUAAAGCAUGUUCACAUGCCGUGAAAGAACAUUGCGAUAAGACGAGACCACAACAACUUUCGUUAAUUAAAUUGAGCAAUAUUACGUCAUCUCGACGACAUAUAAAUGCCAUUUAUAAUCUAGCAUCGCUCCCAGAAGAAAAACACCGAGCUGUACUCAAUCCAACAGAUAGCGAUCCCUAUUUUCAAUAUGAAAAGCUUGACAAUUUUCAAGAACCGCAACUUGAUAAUUUUAACGAUGUUCAAAUGCGAUUGAUUAACUAUGCAGAACAAAUGUUUAAGUACACAGCAGCUGCACGUCUACAUCUUGUACAUGGUCCACCAGGUCUAGUUAUCUGUCUCUCAAGAACUUUUUAUCAAGUCUGA